CACUCUUUGGGGAGCCCUUUACUGAAAUUGGGUGGAUCACAAAUCUUUCCAUCAGCGAUCGGCAUAGAUCUCAGUCUGCAAUUUCAUUCUAGUCGAUCGAGGUCCCUCCAUUUCUUUCAGAGUCCCCCGACCUCUGAGAUCUCGCAAGUCAUUUCGUGUAACCAAUCCGGAAAAGCAGAACAACAGACAUGAACCAGUUGCCAUCAAGGAGUUGGUUUUGUUUCUUCGUUUUCUCCGCCUCUCUCAUCCUACUCUCUUUCUGCGUCCCUCUGAUUGCCGCUCAAGAAAGUGGAAGUGAUGAUUCAAAUGCCUCAAUCAUUGAUCUGGGCCGACGUAGUAAAAUGCUUGUAGACAAAAUCAAGACUGGCCUUGUCACAGAAAAGAAAGAUCCCGAUUCUCUUAAUCUUGGUGUGGAAUUGGACUCUGGUCUUGGAGUCUUUGAUGCUUUCUUUGCAAGUUUUUCCAUGAUACUUGUCAGCGAGCCUGAGACUUUCAAAUUAAGGUCUUGGUCAUUACUGAUUACUAGUACGUACCCCAUUGGAGAUGAAACUUUUAUUAUAGCAGCUCUGAUGGCAAUGCGUCACCCCAAAUCAAUUGUCCUGUCAGGUGCACUAAGCGCCUUGUUUGUGAUGACAAUACUUUCGACUGGUCUUGGGAGGAUUGUUCCAAAUCUGAUAUCAAGGAAGCAUACAAAUAGUGCAGCUACAGCUGGAGCAACUGGAAUGAUAUUAUUGAAAAAUAAGGAUGCUGGAGGAUCACUGUAUCUGGGUGAUAAAAUUGAUCCUGACUAUGCUUUUCAGGUAGAAGAGAAGCUCGAGUCUGGACAGGGGAAAACGACAUUGCGACGUUUCUUUUCGAGAUUUUUUACACCAAUAUAUUUAGAGUCCUUCAUCUUGACGUUUUUAGCCGAGUGGGGUGACCGUAGUCAGAUAGCAACGAUUGCGCUAGCCACACACAAAAAUGCUGUGGGAGUUGCUGUAGGGGCCACCAUUGGUCAUACAAUUUGUACAUCAUUGGCUGUGAUUGGUGGAAGCAUGCUGGCAUCAAAGAUCUCUCAGCGUACGGUUGCCACAAUCGGAGGGCUGCUUUUUCUCGGCUUUUCAUUGUCUUCCUACUUUUAUCCUCCUCUAUGAUACUAUUCUAAGUCCCCCAUGAUAAUGAUCUGCAAAUGCUAAAAAGUUCAGGCGAUUAUGUUGAAUGUUUGAUUGAUUGCAAUCACUGUUGAAUUCUUAGCUAUUGUGUUUUUGUAUAGGAAGUGUAAUGCUUUACUGGAUGUUUCAAGUAUUUGACUGUUAUAGACGUCAGCUAUCUAGAAAAGUAGAAUUCAACUUUUGACUCGAUAUAUUGGACUCCGCAUGCAAAUGAUAUAUGCAACAAAUAUUUUGAGAUUAA